UGGAGGAGCAGGUCCGCAGCUGCAGCGGCUGGGCGUCCCCUGGCUGGGGUCCCUGCUCUGUCCCCACCACCUGUGGCCCCCUGCACCCUGAGUCCCUCCCUGGUGUGGGGACGGUGCCCUGGGGGUCUGGGGGAAGGACCCUGGGACAAAAGGGGUGUCCCCAGCACCCGAGGGUCUCCCCCCAUGAUGCCACCCCACGGAGGGGUGUUUGUGAGUCUCUGGCUGCUGCUGGCCCCCAGUCUCGCCGAGCUGCCCCCCGGCACAGGGGGGGCCACCUUAGCCUUUGUCUUCGAUGUCACCGGCUCCAUGUAUGACGACCUGGUGCAGGUGAUGGACGGGGCCUCGCGCAUCCUGGAGCGGACGCUCAGCAGGAGCACGAAGCCCAUCAGCAACUACGUGCUGGUCCCCUUCCACGACCCAGAGGUGGGACCUGCCACCCUCACCGCAGACCCACGGCUCUUCCAGCGGCGCCUGCGGGAGCUCCAUGUCCAGGGUGGAGGGGACUGCCCAGAGAUGAGCGUUGGAGCCAUCAGGCUGGCCGUGGAGGUCUCACGCCCUGGCUCCUUCGUCUACGUCUUCUCGGAUGCUCGGGCCAAGGACUAUGAGCAGCAGGAGGAGCUGCUGCGGCUGCUGCAGCACAAGCAGACCCAGGUGGUGUUUGUGCUGACGGGGGACUGCGGGGACAGGAGCCACCCCGGCUACCGUGUGUACGAGCGCAUCGCUGCCACCAGCUCCGGGCAGAUCUUCCACCUGGACAAGCAGCAGGUGACAGAGGUGCUGAAGUGGGUGGAAGAGGCCAUCCAGGCCUCCAAAGUCCACUUGCUGUCCAUGGACCAUGAGGAUGGUGGGGAGCACACGUGGUCUGUUCCCUUCGACCCUAGCCUGAAGGAGGUCACCAUCUCCUUGAGUGGUCCUGCCCCGGGGAUCGAGGUCCGGGAUCCAGCAGGAAAGGUCCUCGAGAAAGGCCAAGGUCUGAAGGAACUGCUCAGCAUCCCCAACUCGGCCAUGGUGCUGGGCAUGGACCCCCACGAGCCAGGGAUGUGGUCGGUCACGACCCAGAGCAGCGGCCGGCACUCACUGAGGAUCACGGGCAUCAGCAACAUUAAUUUUCAAGCCAGCUUUUCCACCCAGCUGGACUCCGAUGCUGACCAGCCCUGGGAGCAGCCGGUGCAGGGUCUGCCCAUCUCCGUGGUGGUGAACUGCACCAGUCUCCAGCCACCUGGGCGCUUGCAGGAGAUCGAGCUCUUCAACACCUCUGGCCAUGCCCUGCUCUCGCUGCCCAUGCGGCCCCUCUCCAACACCUCCUCGGGGCAGCUCUGGGUGGGCUCACUGCUCCGUGUCCCCCCAGGUGACUUUCUGCUGAAAGUGAAGGGCGAAGACGCCCAGGGCCACCCCCUGCACCGCCUCUCCGGGGUCACCUACACCAGCGUGGUCCCCGGUCUACCCAAAGUGAACAUCUCCAGUAAGAUCCAGGCUUACAGCCACGAGCCACUGCUGAUCUCCUGCUCUGCACAGAGUGAGGUUGCUUUCCAUCUGCAGCUCAGCCGCGGGAGGAGGAAGCUUGGGGAAGAGCAGCGUUUCAGGAGUUGGGGGAACGUCAGCUGGUUGAUCCCUGUGGUGUCCAAGAGUGACGAAGGGUUCUAUGAGUGCACGGCCACGAGCAAGGUCGGGGUGACGCGGGCUCGUGCCUACGUCUCUGUCUCAGAGCCACCACCACGUCUCAAAGCCCUGGGCAACAUCACAGCUUCACCGGGCCAAGAUGUGGUCAUGUCCUGCCCGGUUCUGAGCAACGUGCCCUACAACCUGACAUGGAGCUGGGACGGGAAGGUGGCACAGCCGGGGGACGGCCGGGCCAGGCUGCUGCAGAACCACUCGCUGGAGAUCAGCCGUGUGCAGCCGGAGGACGGGGGCUUGUACGAGUGCGUGGCACGCAGUGCCCAUGGCACCGCCACCGCCUCCCUCUGGCUCUUCAUCCAGGAGGCACCGUGGGUGAAGGUCGACGCCAGCCCCCAGCGUUUCAGCAGGGGCCAGGAGCUGGGGCUGAACUGCGUGGCUGGGGGCUACCCCCCGCCCCACACCACCUGGAGGCGCUGGGGCUGGGCGCUGGAGCAGGACGAGAGGGUUUUCACAGAUGCUCAGGGUACCCUGCACAUCACGGCUGCCGUCCCGGAGGAUGCGGGGAAUUACAGCUGCUACGCCAUCAGUGCGCUGGGCUGGGAUGAACAAGUCAUCACCCUGGAGUUCACCGAGCCUCCUGCCAUCCUGGCGGUGACACCCAGCCUGAAGGCACUGGUGGGAGAAGAUGUGACCCUGGAGUGCUGGGUUUCGGGGGUGCCCCCACCCCAUGUUGUGUGGUACAAAGGCGAGCAGGCGGUGGCGGUGCUCCCACGCGGCACCCAGCGUGCCGUCCUGCGGCUGCAGGCGGUGCGGGAGGAGGAUGCAGGGCAGUAUGUCUGUGAGGCUCUCGGCGAGGCUGGCGUUGCGUUCAACAACACCGUGCUGGAUGUAGGGUCUGCCCCUCACUUUCCCGAGCCCUUGGGGGACAUGGCGGUGGAGGUCGGGGACAGCGUGAGCCUGCUGUGCCGCGUCGAGGGCUCUCCCCUGCCACAGGUCGCCUGGUCCCGGCAGGACGGGAAGCCUGUGACGGGCUGGCAUGGGCCACCCGGUGUUUCCAGACAGCUGGAGGCUGCUGAGCUCCUCAUCGACAGCGCCUCGCUGGAUGACCAAGCCGUCUACAUCUGCGAAGCCCAGAACGAGUUUGGGAAAAUCCGAGCGGAGGUCAAGCUCGUGGUCACCGGACACGCCCCAGAAAUAGCUCUCGCAUCCCCUGUGGUCCAUGCGCUCCCAGGCCAGCCUGUGUCGCUGCCCUGCGUGAUCCUGGCCGGGAGGCCGUUCCCAGCCCGCCGAUGGCUGAAGGAUGGGCAGCCGGUUGCCCCAAGUGGCCGCUACUCCGUGCGGGCUGACGGGAGCCUGCACAUGGACCAGGCGUCGCAGGGGGAUGCAGGGAGGUACACCUGUGAGGUGACCAAUGCCCUCGGCUCACACAGGCAGGACGUGUCCCUGGUGAUCCACGUUCCACCCAGCAUUGAGUUUGGCCCUGUCCUUGUCACCACCACUGAGGGAGAGGCUGUCAGUCUGCGGUGCAAUGCCACCGGUGUGCCCCCCCCUACUGUCACCUGGGCAAAGGGCACAGAGCCCAUCUCACUGAGCCCACGCUACCACCUUGACCCCAAUGGGACCCUCCUGAUCUCUUCAUCCUCCCCUGGGGAUGCUGGAACCUACUUCUGCACAGCUACCAACACAGCAGGCUUCUCCAGCCGGGAGAUGCAGCUCUUCGUCAGCACGAAGCCCAGGAUCAGCGUGAACGGAUCGCAAGCAGCAGACCCCAUAACCAUCCUGGCUGUGCUUGGGCAGGAGACCACUCUGCCCUGCGAGGCUCAAGGCUAUCCCCCUCCCCUGGUGGUGUGGACCCAGGACUCCCAGACACUGCCUCUUGCCACUGCGAGCUACAGUGUCCUCCCUUCGGGGUCCCUCCGGCUGGCCAAGCCCCAGGUGAUGGAUACCGGUCUCUACACCUGCACGGCCACAAAUGCCGCGGGGAACGCCUCGCUCAGCUACAGCCUGCAUGUCCAAGUUCCCCCCCAGCUGCUGAUCGGCGAUGGGGAAAGCCCCAUGACGGCCGUUGCCAACGACUCCCUGAGGAUUCACUGUCGUGCCAUGGGCAUCCCCACACCCCGGAUCCAGUGGCUGAAGGAUGGGCAUCCGCUGGGCGAGCAGGAUGGUGCGGUGGUGUCCGAGGAUGGUAGGACUCUGCUGAUUGCCCACGUGGGGCUUGGUCACGAAGGACUCUACGUCUGCCAGGGCAGUAACUGGGCAGGGGUGGCCCAAGCAGAGGUGCAGGUUUUGGUGCAAGUACCGCCGAACAUUGAACCCAGCGCAGUGGAGCUGGACAUCCUGGAGAACGGCACAGCAUCCCUGCAGUGCCUGGCCUCAGGGCUGCCUGCUCCCGACAUCACCUGGUACAAGGGGCGUGAGCAGCUGUCGGCUGGACCGGGACGGACACUGUCCAGGGAUGGGAAGCACCUGGAGAUCCAUCGUGCCCAGCUCUCUGAUGCUGGCAGCUACCGCUGUGUGGCCUCCAACGUGGCUGGUGUCACCGAGUUCUGGUACAGCCUGCAGGUGACUGUGCCCCCGCGGAUCACAGCCGGCCCCAGCCCCCUCACAGUGGUGGUGAACGAGCCCGUGACACUGGAGUGCGAUGCUAUGGGGACCCCAGCUCCGGUGCUGCUGUGGCUGAAGGACGGCAACCUGGUGCCCAGUAUGGUGGCGGGUGGCCCAGAGAUCCUCUCCGACGGGCGCGUGCUGUCCCUGCCCACUGCUCGCCUCCAGGACUCGGGGACAUACACGUGUGUAGCCAGCAGUGCCGUGGGGGAGGACAGACGUGAGGCCGCCCUCGAGGUGUGGUUGCCACUCGCUGCCAUGGGCGAGGAGGAGAAUGUCUCUGUCAUCAUCAACAAGCCGGUGACGCUGGAGUGCACAGCCCCUGGGGUGUCCCCUCAGGGGUCCCGAUGGCUGAAGGAUGGGAUCUUGCUCACACCAAAGCCAGGCAUGCAGCUGUCUGUGGAGGGGACUGUGCUCCAGAUCAGGCAAGCCACUGUGCAGGAUGCGGGCAGGUACGUGUGCCAGGGACCUGGCCGCCCGGAGAGACACUACAACCUCAACGUGUGGGUGCCACCAUCCUUCUCCUCGGCAGAGCCUGCCGCUGUGUCUGUGCUGGAGGGGCAGUCCGUCAGGCUGGCCUGCGAGUGCCACGGGAUCCCCUUCCCCACCCUGAGCUGGCAGAAGGACGGUGAGCCCCUCUCUGCCCAACCUGGGAGUCCAAAGCUGGUGUCCGCGGGAGGGAGGAUGCUCUACAUUGAGAAGGUAUGGCUGGUGGACAAGGGGACGUACACUUGCGAGUGUAGGAAUGCUGCCGGCAGCAGCAGCAAGGAGCAUCGCCUGGAGGUGCAUGCACUGCCAAGGAUCCAGGGCAGCAGCAAAGCCCUGAGGAAGGUUUCUGUCAUCAAGGCUGGUGAGACGGUUUUGGAGUGCGAGGCCAUGGGGACGCCACUGCCCACGGUGACGUGGGUGAAGGACGGGCAGCCUGUGAUCGGUGGGGACGGGAUCCUGCUUAUGGAGCAGGGGAGGCAGCUGCGCAUCCCCAAGGUGGAGGUGGCCCAUGCAGGACGCUACACUUGCCUGGUGGCAAAUGCGGUGGGGCAGGACCGGAGAGAGUUUGACAUUACGGUGCAUGUUCCUCCUGCGUUCAUUCAAGGAUCAGGAUUGACAACAAACAUCAGCGUGUCUUUGCAUGGAGCUCUGACGCUGACCUGCGAGGCCACUGGUGUUCCUCUGCCUACAGUCACCUGGUCCCGGGACGGCUCUCCCGUCACCCCUAGCAAGCACAUGCUUGUGCUUUCAGGGGGCUGGAUGCUGAGGCUCAGCCAUGCACAAGCCCAGGAUGGUGGCUACUAUUCCUGCCUGGCCAGCAAUGUAGCUGGGGAGGCCAGGAGGCAUUUCUACGUGGAAGUCCUAGUUCCUCCCCACAUUGAGAAUGCAGAUGAUGAAGAGACCACCAAAGUGCCUGAGGGUCACCCUGUUACCUGGUCCUGCUUGGCUGCAGGCAAGCCCCAACCAACGAUCACCUGGCUGAAAGACAGCCACCCUCUGCCUAAUGGAAACACCUUCUCCAUCUCCCCUGAUGGCUCUGUGUUCCACAUCCCCCAAGUGUCCCUGUCUGAUGCCGGCCGCUACUCCUGUGUGGCCUCUAGCUCUGUGGCAAAUCAAAGCAAGCACUACCUGCUGGAUGUUUCAGCCAGUCCCACAUUUGCUGGAGAUGCCGAUGCAGAAGAAGUCACAGUGAUCAUCAACAACCCUAUCUCCCUGGUCUGCGAGGCUCUGGCAUACCCAUCUCCCAACAUCACCUGGCUAAAGGAUGAGGUUCCCCUCAAAGUGUCUAGAAACAUCCAGCUGCUCCCUGGUGGCCAUGGGCUGCAGAUCCUGAAUGCUCAGGAAGAGGAUGCGGGCACGUACAGCUGCAUUGUGGCCAACGAAGAUGGGGAGGCCAUGAAGAACUACUCCGUGAAGGUCCUGGUUCCUCCUUGGAUUGCCAGAGAUGAGCCUUUGGGGGAAUUUGCCAUGAAAGAGGUAAAAGCCAGGGUCAACAGCACAGUGAUGCUGGAGUGCGAGACCUGGGCUGUGCCGGAGCCGACCAUCCGGUGGUACAAGGACAAGCAGCUCCUGGAAAGUGCCAGUCACCUCCAGAUCCUCAGCGAGGGGCAGGUCCUUCAGAUCAAACCAGCCAGUGUCUCUGAUUCGGGGCACUACACCUGCGUGGCCACCAAUGCUGUGGGUGAAGAUGAAAGGGACUUCAUUGUGCACAUCCAAGUGCCACCCCUCUUCCAGCAGCAGAUGAGCCCCAGUGAAGCUCUUGAGAUCUUCUACCGGGAGGAAGACCAGGAUGGGGAGGUGACAGAGCACCGUCAGGCCAUCCUUGACCAGCCCACUGUGCUCUACUGCGACACCAAUGCCCUCCCACCCCCCCAGCUCACCUGGUACAAGGACGGGGAGCCCCUCUCCCCCAGCCCAGGGGUGCUGGUGCUGCUAGGGGGCCGGGUGCUGCAGCUGCUGGCGGUGCGGGAGGAGGACGCGGGCAGGUACACCUGCGAAGCAGCCAACGCGGCCGGACAGGACCGCCUGCACUACCAGCUGGAGGUGCUGACUGCCCCGGCCAUCCGUGGUGGCACAGAAGACCUGGCUGAGGAGGUGAUAGCCACCAUCAAUGGUACCGUCCACUUCAAGUGUGAAGCCAGCGGGCACCCGGUGCCCAUGGUGUCCUGGCUCUGGAACAAUAUCCCCGUUGUGGUCAGCCCACAGCACCAGUUCCUGGAGGGUGGCAUGGUCCUGCAGGUGGCCGCAGUGGAGGCGGGUGACGCUGGCAGCUACACGUGCAUAGCCGAGAACCCGGUCGGGUCAGCUGAGAAGCACUUUGCCCUCAUCGUGCAGGAAGCACCCCAGAUUGUGGGCACAAACCCCGAAAGUAUUGAUGGCAUUGUCAAUGGCAGUGUCUCACUGGCGUGUGACGUCCAAUCCCACCCCGCUGCAGAGAUCAACUGGUACAAGGAUGGCCAAGUCCUGCAGCUCAGUGAGGAGGUGACCAUCACCCCAGACUCACGGGUGCUGCAGCUCCCUCACCUGCAGAUUUCCAGCUCAGGCACAUACACGUGUGUAGCGCUGAAUGCGGCCGGCCAGGACGAGAAGCGCUUCAUCCUCACCGUCCAUGGGCCCCCGGGAAUCCAGGACUCACAGCGGGAGACAUUGGAUGCUGACAUGGGGAGCCCCCUCGUCCUGACCUGCCAAGUCACUGGAGUGCCAAUGCCCACCGUCACCUGGCUGAAGGAUGGGAGCCCGCUGGAGAGCAGCCCGGAGCGGGGCCUGGUGGCCGGCUGGGACCAGCUCCAUCUCAGCCCCCUGCAGCCCUUCCACCAGGGCUGGUACACCUGCCUGGCGCGGGGCCCGGGCACCACAACACGCAAGGACUUCAUGGUGCUGGUGCGAGUGGCACCCCGGAUCGCCAGCGCGGGGGUCCCUAGCGAGCACAGCGUGCUGGAGGGCAGAGGGGUGAGGCUGGAGUGCCAGGUGGAGGGGCAGCCCCCCCCUCAGAUCUCCUGGCUGAAGGACGGGCAGCCACUGGGGCUGCAGCCCCCUUCGCGUGCCCGGAUGUCUCCAGACGGCAGCUCCCUGCUCCUGGAGGGGCUCCAAGCCACCGACUCGGGGGCAUACACCUGCCUGGCCCGGAACAGCGCAGGCGAAGAUGCACGGCUGUACACGCUGAGCGUGCUGGUGCCCCCCGCCAUCGAGAGAGGCACCAGUGACUUGGAGGUGGUCCGUGGCGUCCUGUCUGCAGCGGUGACACUGGAGUGCCGGGCACGGGGGUCCCCUCCCCUGCAUGUGAGCUGGUUGAAGAAUGGGCUGUCCCUGCGCCUGUCCCCCCGUGUCACCCUGCUCUCGGCCGGGCACGUUCUCCGGAUCUCCCAGGCACAGGUCUCCGACGGUGGGCUCUACACCUGCAUCGCCUCCAGCCAGGCAGGGGUGGCUGAUCACAGCUUCGUCCUGCAGAUAUGGGUGCCCCCUGUCCUGAAGAGCCCCGAGAGCAGCAAGGAGCAGAUGGUGGCUGAGGGCUCUGAUGUCACCUUCACCUGCGAAGCCACUGGGUCCCCAGCACCAGCAGUGACCUGGCUGAAGGAUGGCAAGCCCCUGGCACGGCAGAGCAACCAUGUCUCCGGUGGCCCACGGCUGAGCCUGGUGGCCGUGGGGCCGGCUGACACGGGGGUUUACUCCUGCCUGGUGGCCAACGAGGUGGGGGAGGUCAGCAAAACCUUCCGUCUCCUGGUGAUGGAGGCACCCCACGUCGAGGCUGCAUCCCAGCCCACUGAGAUGUCCAUCACUGUGGGCACCCCGCUAGAGCUGACUUGUGUGGUGACAGGCGUCCCCGUGCCCACUGUCACCUGGGAGAAGGACGGACGGCUGCUGGCAGGGCCCUGGCUCGUGUUGGGGAACGAGAGCACCCUCCACAUUGAGAGCACUAAGGUGGCCGACGCUGGCUUGUACACCUGCCUGGCCACUAGCCCUGCCGGGGAGGACAGCAGGAGUUUCCAUGUCAGCAUCCAAGCACCUCUCAGCAUUGUGAGCAUUGGAGAGACCUACAGCAUCACUGCUGUGGCAGGGGGACAGCUCAUCCUGGAGUGCCCUGAGGAUGCCGUGCCACCCCCCCACAUCGAGUGGCGCCGGGAGCGUUCCCCGCUGCAGGAGGAUGCCCGCAGGCAGGUCCUGGCCGGGGGGCGCUUCCUGCAGAUCCGGGCCCUGGGGGCGGCUGACGGCGGGGAGUACAGCUGUAGGGCCACCAAUGCACUGGGGGACACCAGCCUGCGCGUCCAGGUGGAGGUUCACGUGGCCCCAGAGAUCCAGCCAGGCCCCAAGGAGGCGAGGGCACUGCUGAACGGCUCGGUGGUACUGCCGUGCCAGGCGGAGGGGUGGCCGGUGCCCCAGGUGACAUGGUGGAAGGAUGGCCGGAUCCUGCCCCUUCGCGGGAGCAACAGGUUGCAGCUCCUGCCAGGCGGCUCCCUGCAAAUUGAACCCGUUCAGGUCCAGGAUUCGGGCUAUUACUUCUGCAUGGCAUCUAGCCCCGCCGGCUCCGACCGGCGAGAACUGGACCUCCACGUCCUGGUCCCUCCUGCCAUCGCCCCCGGGCCCUCCAACCUCACCCUGCUGGCUCAGCAGCCAGCCACGCUGGGCUGCGAUGCCCGGGGAUCCCCCGCGCCCCACAUCAGGUGGGAGAAGGACAGCCACCCCCUGAAUCCACACCUCCCACCUGGCGCCUACAGCUUGCAGUCCUCAGGGUCGCUGCUCAUCGCCAGCCCCAGUCCCCGGGACGAGGGGUGGUACGAGUGCAUCGCCACCAACGCCGCUGGAGAGGCACGCAAGGGCUUCCUCGUGUCCAUCCAUGUGCCCCCCACCAUUGCCGAUGACCUUAUGGAUGUGGCUGUCACCCGGCUGUCCCCCGCGGUCCUCACCUGCUAUACCUCUGGCACACCCCCACCCACGGUGUCGUGGAGCAAAGAGGGGGCCCAGCUGGGCAGCCGAGCAGGGGGCUACCGCGUCCUGCCCACAGGGGCCCUGGAGAUCAGGCAGGCGCUGCCUGCACACGCUGGCCGCUACACCUGCACGGCAAGGAAUGCUGCUGGCACAGCCCGAAAACAUGUCCGGCUUGUGGUGCACGAGCCCCCCACCUUGAAGCCCCUGCCUGGCAUGGUGAUGGUGAUGGUCAACACCAGCACGGUGCUGUCCUGUGAGGCAACUGGUGUCCCCCGGCCGGAGGUCACCUGGCAGAAGGAUGGUGUUGGCAUUGCUGGAGGACCCAGGCUGAAGGUGCUUCCCAAUGGGCAGCUGCAUCUCCUCCGAGCCUCCCCAGGGGAUGCGGGCACCUACCUGUGCGUGGCUCACAACCCCUCGGGCACUGCUGUGGGGAGGACCAGGCUGAUCGUGCAAGUGCCCCCCAUCAUCAUGGCUGGCCCGGUGGAGCUGGCUGUCCUGGAGGGGCUGGAGGUGCUGCUGCCCUGUGCCGCUAACGGUGUCCCUGAGCCUCGUGUGUCGUGGAGCCGGGAGGGAGCCCUGGUGCGGGGCAGCGGCGGGAAGGCCACCGUCCUGCCCUCCGGGGAGCUGCUGCUCCGGGAUGUCCAGGAAGGGGAUGCUGGGAUCUAUUCUUGCACUGCGGUCAACUCUGCGGGGAGAGCCGUCCGCCAGCUCUCCCUCACCAUCCACACCCUGCCCACCUUCACCCGCCUGCCCGGAGACAUCACCCUCAGCUGGGGUGAGAUGCUGGAGCUGGUGUGUGCUGCCACGGGCAGCCCCCAGCCCCGCAUCUCCUGGAUGGCGAACGGGCAGCUCGUCACUGACGGUGUGUUGGAGCAGGGUGGCCAUAGCACCCUGCAGCGGGAGGCAGCAACCCGUGCCGACAGCGGGACCUAUGUCUGCUAUGCCGAGAACAGCGCCGGUGUCAUCAGGGCCACCGCCUUCGUCUCUGUCAGAGAGGCACCCGUCAUAUGGGGGGACCCCAGCACCUACCAGGUGGAGCACCUCGGGGGUGAUGCCCUCCUCGACUGCGACACCCAGGGCCACCCUGCGCCCCUUGUCCGCUGGAGCAAGGACGGGGUGCCGGUGGCAGUCGGCGGGCGCCUGCGCCAGCUGCGGAACGGCUCCCUCGCCAUCCGCACCGUGGGGAGCACUGAUGCGGGGCACUACCGGUGCGUGGCAGAGAACGAUGCAGGCACGGCGGCAAAGGUUGUCACCCUGGCCCUGCAGAGUGCCCCCACGGUGAUGGUGACACCACGAGCGGUGGCGGUACAUGCGGGGCAGCAGGUGCUGCUGCACUGCACCGUGUCGGGGGAGCCCACCCCCUCCGUGGAGUGGCGGCGGGACGGGCAGCCGCUGCCCGAGGGUCCCCACACCCGCGUCCUGCCCAAUGCCACGCUGCUCCUGCCUGCCGUCAGCCGCCGUGAUGCCGGCACCUACUCCUGCCUCGCUCGCAACACCCUGGGGUCUGCCGUCGCCCACACCUCCCUUUCUGUCCAAGGGGAGCCGCAUCGGGUGCGGGGUAGCCUGGUUGGUGUCAUUAAUGCCCACGAGCUUGGCGUCGCCACCCUCAAUGCCAACGUGCUGGACGACCCACACUCCGGCACCACCGUGGUCCAGAGCAGCAUCAGCCGCAUCCCACCCACUGUUGGGCCACUGAUGCGGGUGCUGGUCACCAUCAUCUCCCCCAUUUACUGGUCCUUGGCACACACCGGCAGGGGGGCCUGGAGCGGGUUCCUGCUCACCCGAGGCACCUUCCGGCAGGAGUCGCAGCUGGAGUUUGCCACAGGGGAGCUGCUGCGGGUCACCCACCUCGCCCGGGGCUCGGAUGCUGCUGGCUCUCUGCUCCUGGACAGUGUGAUCAGUGGCUCCGUGCCGGAGAGCAUCGCUGAGGCUGCAGUGCUGCUGCAGGACUUCACCGAGCGCUAUGUGAAGACGGGUGCGGGGCAGUUCUUGGGGGGCUCAGUGCAGAGCUUUCUGCGGGACGGGCGCAUCACCCAUGCCCGCUGCAAUCACACCAUCGUGUACGACCCCGCCGUGGGCUCGCAGCCCCCCCCAGUGCAGCACAUCCGGGCCAGCACUGCCAAAGCCUCCUACGACCCGGCCUCAGAGGAGCUCUGCUUCCAGCUCCGUGCCUCACUUGAUGCGGGGGCCAAUGGAGACCAGUGCCCACCGGGAUUCAUCCUGAGCCCCGGGCAGCUGUACUGCAUUGAUAUUGAUGAAUGCGCCGAGGGGCCCCACGCCUGUCGCUACAACCAGCUCUGCCAGAACACCCCAGGGACCUACCGCUGCGCCUGCCCUCCUGGCUACCACUCGCUGGGUGUUGGCUGGCCAUGCUUGGACAUAAAUGAGUGCCUGCAGUUUCCUCCACCAUGUGCCUUUGAGUGCCGCAACCUGCGGGGGUCCUACAAGUGCCUGUGCCCCCCCGGCAGGACCCUGCUGCCAGGCGGAGAGUGUGGCACAGCAGGGGCAGAUUUAGCGGCCACAACAGGCAGCACCCCCCGGGCUCCCCCGCUGCGCUGGCUGGGGCCGAGCAACCCACAAGGACGGUCCUUCUACAGUCAGCUUGCCCUCCGCCGUGUGGCGAAGGCUGUGGGGCUGGGUGACCGCAGCCCCCCCUGCCCCACGGGCUUCAUCAAGAGGAAUGGCACCUGCACUGACCUCGAUGAGUGCCAGAUGCUGAACCUGUGCCAGCACAAGUGCAGAAACAGCCCAGGCACCUACCGCUGCCUCUGCCCCCCCGGCUACCGGCUCCUGCCCAACGGGAAGACCUGUCACGACAAGGACGAGUGCGCGGAGGGCACGAUCCAGUGUGGCUUGAGCCAGAUGUGCUUCAACACCCUUGGAAGUGCCCAGUGUCUGGAUGUGCCGUGCCCAGCCGGGUACCGGAGAGGCUCCAGCCCGGGGCUGUGUGUCGGUCACUGCACCCCAGACUGUGGCUCGGCCGGUCCCCCCACGCUGCAGUAUGAGCUGCUCACCCUGCCCCUUGGCAUUGCCGCCGGCCGCGACGUGGUGCACCUCGCCCCAGGCACUGCCCUCCGCCAUCACCCUGUCUUCACGCUGCUGGAGCAGGAGCCCGGCAGCCCCUUUGCCCUCCGCAGUGAGCGGGGCCGUGGCAUCGUCUCCACCGUGCGCCCGCUGCGAGACCCCGGUACCCACCGCCUCAAGGUGCAGGCGCUGGCCCCGGGCCAGCAGCGGGCACCCAGCACCUUCCUCCUCCUCAUCUCUGUCUCGCCCUACCCCUACUGACACCACCGAGGGACAGGAGGGGACACGGUGUCACUUCUGUCCCUUGCCACCGUUCCUGUGCAGGCAUGUGGCUCAGGGAGAGCUGAGCUUGCACCUUUCCUCUCCACCCCCCUCCGACAUCCCUUUGCUUUCCCCUGCCCCCAGCAGCUUCUGCCCCCAUUGCUGUCACCCAGGGCCAGUCCCUGACUCAGCAGAGUGCUUGUCGGGGGACAAGAUGUCCCACCACUGUCUUGCAAUCGGGUUUUGUUGCAACCCUACAACUCCCACCUGCGGCCCCGGAGCAAACACUGCUCUAGACGGCCUUGACCGCGAUCAGCCCCUCCCAUGGCAGGGGGGGAUGAGUUGGGUGACAGGGGCCAGCAAUGGGUGCAGGGUGGGGUGCCCCGGGCUGGGGAGAGUACAAGGCACCCUGUCAUUAACCAUGUAUUAAAUGGAAAUAGCCAUGUGUUCAAUUUUCUUUUUUUUUUUAACCUUCUUGGUUUCUGUGCACGUUUGUUUAUUUUUGGUUUUGUUCCAAAUAAAGGUG